GUUGCUCACGAGUAGUUGCGCUUCUCCCCGAAGUAGGUUCAUCUAGCUCUGUUUUAAGGCCCAGGAACGACCCUAAACUGCAAAUAUGUCCAGAAAAUUCUUCGUCGGUGGUAACUGGAAGAUGAAUGGCGACAAGGCAAGCCUGGGCGAACUCAUCAAAACCCUGAACUCUGCGAAGCUCGACCCCAACACCGAGGUGGUCUGCGGCGCCCCAUCAAUCUACCUUGAGUUCGCCAGGGCCAAGCUGGACCCUAAGAUCGGAGUGGCCGCUCAGAACUGCUACAAGGUCAAGGGUGGUGCCUUCACCGGGGAGAUCAGCCCUGCGAUGAUCAAGGAUGUUGGCGUGCACUGGGUGAUCCUUGGCCACUCUGAGAGGCGCUGGGUCUUUGGAGAGACUGAUGCGCUUAUUGGUCAGAAGUGCGCCCACGCCCUGGAGAAUGGCCUGGGUGUCAUUGCCUGCAUUGGUGAGAAGCUGGACGAGCGGGAGGCUGGCAUCACAGAGAAGGUCAUCAACGCACAGACCAAGCACUUUGCAGACAACAUUAAGGACUGGUCCAAGGUUGUUCUGGCCUAUGAGCCCGUGUGGGCAAUCGGCACCGGCAAGACCGCAUCCCCCGCCCAGGCCCAGGACGUUCAUGACAAACUGAGGCAGUGGGUCAAGGCCAAUGUGUCUGAGGCAGUAGCCAACUCUGUCAGGAUAAUCUAUGGAGGUUCCGUGACAGGUGGCACCUGCAAGGAGCUGGGAGGCAUGAAGGAUGUGGACGGUUUCCUGGUUGGCGGCGCUGCACUCAAGCCAGAGUUCGUUGACAUCAUCAACGCCAAGAAAUAAAAACCCUGACGUGGUCAGACCCAUGUCCAUAUUUGAGGCCAACUCAAUUCAGAUGAAACGUGAACCAUCAUCCUCAACUCGGCACCUAGAACCCCCUUCCCUUCCCCUUUUUUAUUCAAGUAUUUGUGACAAUGUCUUUACCCGUUUCCUUUUUUGGUUGAAUGUUUCAAAGAAAAGGGACAGAUUGACUAGCAUACUAUACAGCAGUGAAAGGUGUUCGUUCCCCUGAGAUGGUGUGUUUUUUUUUUGUACUGGCCUCCACUACGGUUUUAAAGGGACUGCGCUUGACAACACCUUUCUGGAUGGAACAACCCAUGCCUUUUACUUGGAAGUUUACAAGCUUUUAUGUAUACAGUGUCAACUAGCAACGUCAAUCAGAUUCACUUGCCUUUGUACUGAAGCUGAGUCUUUGUAACUAUGUUCUGUGGCUUAGCCCUUCCCAUAGAACACAUGAUCCUCUCCGGUCAGGAGGGAGGCGUCCAUUUAGAUGUCUGUGUUUGGUCAUGGCCAACAGAGGGGCUGGGGGACUAGGAAAUGUUGUAAUAAAAGGUUUUAGACUA